GCGUGUGCCAAAAGACACAUCGUUAACUCAAUUCUGUAAAGACUAAACUUGCACAUUGUGCGAUAUCCCUAUUAUUAUUAUUAUUAUUAUUAUUAUUAUUUAAUCCCUGUUUAUCUUUGAUGGGAAUGUGGGAUAUUUUACGUCGGUGAGAACAGACCUACUUUCGUAAGAAUAUUCCAAGUCACCAAUCUUGUGUGUUAGACCUGUAGUGAGACAGCAUUAUGGUCAUGUUGGUAAUUCUGUAGGAGAAAUAGGGGUGUAUGGUUUGAGUAAUUGUUAUUAGAAUAAAAGUAUUUGCGGUGAUUGAGGCAUAUAAGUUAAUUUGUUUUUUCAUUUGGAAAUUUGAGCAUUUGUGUAUGCGACAAUGGAAUGUCUGUUAGGAAUUGCAUUUCGAGACUUCGUUCUUAUUGCUUCUGAUAUGACCAAUGCUCAUAGUAUUAUGGUUAUGAAAGACGAUGAAGAUAAGUUGCACAAGAUCUCAGAUAAGUUAGUUAUGGCAAUAUCUGGUGAGUCUGGAGACACAACACAGUUUGCUGAAUACAUUGCCAAAAAUAUUCAACUUUACAAAAUGAGGAAUGGAUAUGAACUCUCUCCCAAUGCUGCAGCUAACUUCACCCGUCGAAAUUUGGCAGAUUACCUUAGAAGCCGGACUCCUUACUUUGUCAAUCUGCUUUUGGCGGGCUACAAUGAUGAAACAGGUCCAGAGUUGUACUUUGUGGACUAUUUAGCAUCGAUGGUUAAAGUACCGUAUGCUGCUCAUGGAUAUGGAGGCUUCUUUUCCCUUAGUAUCAUGGACAGACACCACAAGUCAGACAUGAGUCAGGAAGAAGCUUAUGAACUAAUGAAAAAAUGUGUGAGAGAAAUUCACAAGAGACUUGUUGUCAACUUGCCUAAUUUCAAAGUUCAGCUGAUCAAUAAGGAUGGUAUCCAAGACCUGCCACCAAUCACGGCAAAGAAUCUAUCCAUUGAAGAAGCAAGUGUGCCCUUGCCAGAGGUCAGGGUGAUUUAAGGAGACCUUCAUGUCACAUUCUGGGUGUUCUAUCCAAUAUUAUUUGAUGUUCUGAACCACUUAUUAUCUUGUAUUAGCUGUAAGGAAAAGGGUCUUAUUAAAAUAAUUCAUUUUAGAAUA